AUGGCACUUCGUCCUUCCACUGCUCCGCAGCGUGUCCCUCUACCGUCUCCUCCUGCGUCCUCCCUUCCUGCCCUUGCUGACCCGGAGUCUGACUCCCUUCGUGCUGCUAGUCCUACUGUCACGCGUCUCCUGACCACUGUUGUCACUGACCCUUCCUUUGAGUCUACUGCUACCACGGACGUCCUUGAGGACAGGCAGGAGGAGUUCCAGCGCUUUGCUGCUGCUUUACCUCAUCUCGUGUCCAUGUUGAUUGCCCCUGAGGGAGACCCGGAUGCACCAGACAUCCCGACCCCGCGCUCUUACGCAGAGGCGAUAGAGGGUCCUUACUCCUCUCAGUGGCAGACACCCAUGGACGCAGAGAUGGCUUCCUGGAAGUCCACAGGCACCUACGUCGACGAGGUUCCCCCACGUGGGGCGAACAUUGUCGAUGACAUGUGGAUUUUCAGGGUGAAGCGGCCGCCGGGUUCUCCGCCUGUCUUCAAGGCGCGUUACGUGGCUCGAGGCUUCAGUCAGCGGCAGGGAGUUGACUACUUUCAGACCUUCUCUCCCACCCCGAAGAUGACCACUCUUCGGGUUCUGCUACACGUUGCCGCUCAGCGUGACUACGAGCUUCACUCUCUUGACUUCAGCACAGCCUUCCUAGAGGGCAGCCUGCACGAGAUCUAG